ACUCCCGGAGGAUUAUAUGUAUCAAUGCCUCUUUUGCAUCGCUCCGCUGCCAGUCUCUAUCUACAGUUCCGGUGAUCCUAUGUUCACGAAUUAUUACCAUCCCCGUGCUGUGUUCAAUCAACGUCAAGACUGCCUCGUGUCGGUCCUGUCAAUGUCCAACAGCAUCAGUUGCUCUAAGUAGUGUGGGAGGAAGUACAUUGGUCUGACCCAGAGGCAACCGUCAAUGCUACGAUGUAGACCACCUACACCGACAGAGGGAAGUCAUCAGUAGGACCGCAUGUUUACUCACUCAUGACUAGAGACGGAACUUAUGAUUACACGUGACUGGCUAGCCCAGUUCCAAGUCACAUUAAAAGGACCAUAUUCAUAGGUAGAAAAUCGUGCUAAGUCUGGGAAGGCUGCACAAUCUAUCCAAUGUACCAUUGCCAUGGUCAGUUCCCUCAGAUCUUCCUAUCACUAGCGUUGAAUCGCCUUGGGCGGUUGUGGCGCAAUCCAUAUACACUUUAACAGGUGAACAGUGUCCGACAAGCGAAGCUGUAGAUCAACAGCCCCGAACCAGGGGUACCUAGAAGUAUCGAGUAUGUUGUGAGUCGUGGCUGAAUGACUCGGAGGUUUUCGGUUGAGAGGAAGACACAGCCAGUGUCAAAAGUAUUUAUUAGCUUCCGUACACAUAUGGGGUGGGUUCGUGGUGUGUGCAUUUCCCUCUGGUCUAUUUCACCCGUCCUCUACGUAUACUUUCAUGGCCAACACGCGUCAAGCUGGGGUUGGUUGCAUCGUAUGCUGUCUUGUGCUAUGGGUCAUACUUAACGGCUGCGAUGCAGUAUGGUUGUACUUCUAUAUCAAAGCAUGCACCGAUCCUAAUCCUCGUACUGCCGUAAACCGGACUCAUUCCGGUUUCGAAGGCUAUGAAGCCAUGAUGUUCUUCUUUGGCUUUAUAUGGGGCGUCAUCAACCUUGGAGUCAUGGCUGGAUAUUUCGGCUUGGUGUUCAGCGAGAGCCGCUACUCUCCACGCAAUCGACCAACGUGGUUCAUUACUCUCAAAGUACUCUUCAAUCUCUUCAUCAUGCUGCCCAUUGCUCUUUUCCUGGUGAUCAUGCCUUUCUUUGGCGGAUGGAUUGUCCUUCCGUUGGAGCAGAUCCACGCUUGGAACCAUCGAUGUGAUGGCUAUCCCAUGAACGUAGUCUUGGACGGAAAGGGCUAUCAUGGAGCUCGCUUUGCUCCCGAUGUUGCCAGGUUCUACCAGACUGGUAAUGCCCAGUCAUUCUAUACUUAUGAUAUCAGUAAUUCCGGCGACACAGACUUCUGGUCCUUCCAUCUCCGAACUUGGGAUGUCGACCAAAGCGAGAUUCCGCUCAACAUGUACCCUACUCUUCAGCAGAUCUCAUACAACUUUAUCAAUAACACCGUUACCGGAAACUGCACCAUUCCAGUUGCUCCAGGAGCUUCCAACACGACCAUUGGCGCAUGUGUUGGUGGAUCCCUCGACCUAGGAGAACCGCUUUCAUUCAAUCUCACCUCCGCUGUCCCUCUCAACAACACCGCUAACCCCAGCUCUACCCCUUCCACUACGACUCUUCUCCGGACGGUGGAUAAACAAUGGAGUUUCGGAGAUGACGCCCCAUCACUCAUUCUCCGUGAUGUAAACCCUGCCAACAACCAGCUCAUGGACACCGUGUUACGCACAGCCGUGACGAAGAAAGGUGAUUGCACCCAGUUGAAGGUCUGUCUUGCGGGACUGCCGGGUGAACAGGGUUCUGUCGUUGGAGGACCGGUCAUGGUGCCCUUGGGUCUCAUGCUGAUGAGGCAGGCUGACUAUGCGAUCGCGUGCACGACACCUAGUGAUGAUUGAAUGACUUUUGGAUGACCCGAACUACCUUGUAUGACUCGUGUACCAUUGAAUACUCGUAUUGUUGUACCUUUACUCGCCUGUUUGUACCAUACGAGAUGUAUAUAUAUAAACCUUUGUGCGAUGCGGAACCAAAUUAUACAUGCGAACAACAGGCAAAUCGGAAGGUAUUGAGUGUCAGUAUAUAGAAUAUAUCGAAGCAUGAGCAACCAAUAUAUAGGUCGAAUACCUAAUUCAGUCAAAGAUGCGUGCUAACAAGACUACAAAUCCCCAGCUGAAACACCUCGAAUACCGCAAGGAGAAGCUGAAUAAAAUGUCCCAAGACGU